GUCAGCACGCGGAGACGACGGGCGGCGCGCCACAACCGGCAACAGUGAUCGAAGAGACACGUCGCCGCGGGGACGGACUGCAAGCAGAACUAUGCACACGACGAACGCUGCACUUAUCGGUUGCACCGCCACCAUGGACCAGUUCGCCGCCGACGAAUACCUGCAGCCGCAGCAUCAGUGCGCCGCAGCCGUCGCCACGGUAUCCGCUGCCGCCGACUACCUGCACUGUGGCAGCAAUGCCUCCGAGUGCGAACCGGCCGCCGCCGCCGCGUACCCACAUCAUCACCAUCACGUGCACCACUCGGCCAAGGACAGCGGCGAGUAUUUCGCGGAACCUUAUUACUACGAUUCGACAACYGCCACCGCCGCCGGAUAUUGCGGCGGAUACGGUGGUCCGUACGACGCGUACAGCGAUCACAACUGGUCAUCGUCGCCACAGGAAUACAAUUCGUCGUCCGGCGCCGGCGGGUUGGUCGACGUGUCGCAACCGUACUGGACGCCGGCGGACGUCAGCGGACCGCUACAACUGACGCCACUAACGCUACACCAGCCGCUGCCGCCGCCACCACCACCUACACUGUUGGUCCCGGAACUGCAGGUAGGUUUCUGUGACGUCGACGACUUCCGGUCAGCGGAACACGGUUUAUUUCAGUUUCAACCCGGUCGCGGAGCUACCGAUCAAACCGCCUGCAUCACCGCGGCCACCACCGCUGACCAAUUCUUCAAAUCAACUUUAAAUAAAAAACCAAUAAUAAACAGAUGUGACCAAAAAAAAUCAAUGAGUAAAUCAUUAACGAGUCAAAGACAAAGAGCAAAACGGAAACCUAGAGUACUAUUUUCACAGGAUGUUAUAUCAGAAUUAGAACAUCGGUUCAAUCAACAGCGGUAUUUAUCGGCUACAGAGCGAGAAGCAAUGGCAUUAAGACUGAGGUUGACUCCAACUCAAGUAAAAAUUUGGUUUCAAAAUCGGCGAUAUAAAAGCAAAAAGUUAAUAACAGCAGACUGUACAAUACCAGAUAACAAUAAAAAACCUCCAAGAAGACAAUUUCCAGUAAUCAAGCAUUGUUAUACUGAAUUAACACCUUUGAUCACAAAUAAUAAUCAUAACUUCAAUCACAGCAACAAAUAUUUUAACAUUUAACCAUAUUUUUGCAAAUUAUUA